AAGGCGUUUUGAUUGGCCGAGGGUGGAGUUUGUAUGGGUAGAUUUAGCGCCACACCACUGGCUGCGGCGGUAGGGUGUUUGUGGCUCCAGGUGUUCUUUCGCGGUCGGACAUGAAGAACCAGCAGCUGCACAGCGGCACUUCCUCCAAGGCCCACGGCAGUGGUGCCUGUCCACAGUCCCAAGGUGGCUUCACCCAGUCCCAAGGCACUCUGUCUCAGCUGCACGACCUCUCCUCACAGUCUCAAGGCACAUCCAGUUCCUCCAACAGCACGGUGACCUCCUCCAGCCAGUCCUCUCAUUCCAGCUCUGGGACGCUGAGCUCUUUAGAGACAGUGUCCACUCAGGAACUCUGUUCUAUUCCGGAGGACCAAGAACCCGAGGAACCUGGUCCUGUCCCUUGGGCUCGGUUAUGGUCCCUUCAGGAUGGAUUCUCCAAUCUGGACUGUGUUAACGACAACUACUGGUUUGGGAGGGAUAAAAGCUGUGAAUAUUGCUUUGAUGGACCACUGCUGAGAAGGACCGAUAAGUAUCGGACGUAUAGCAAGAAGCACUUUCGAAUUUUCAGGGAAAUGGGCCCUAAAAAUUCUUACAUCGUGUACAUAGAAGAUCACAGCGGGAAUGGAACCUUUGUAAAUACUGAGCUUAUAGGGAAAGGAAAACGCCUUCCUCUGUGUAACAACUCUGAAAUCGCACUUUCACUGUGUAGAAAUAAAGUUUUUGUGUUUUUUGAUCUGACUGUAGAUGAUCAGUCAGUUUAUCCUAAGGAAUUAAGAGACGAAUACAUCAUGUCAAAAACUCUUGGAAGUGGUGCUUGUGGGGAGGUAAAAAUGGCUUUUGAGAGGAGAACAUGUAAGAAAGUAGCCAUAAAGAUCAUCAGCAAGCGGAAGUUUGCUCUUGGCUCAUCAAGAGAAGCAGACACGGCUCCCAGUGUUGAAACUGAAAUAGAAAUUUUGAAAAAACUGAAUCAUCCAUGCAUCAUCCAGAUUAAAGACGUUUUUGAUGCAGAAGAUUAUUACAUUGUUCUGGAGUUGAUGGAAGGAGGAGAGCUGUUUGACAGGGUGGUGGGGAACAAACGCCUGAAGGAAGCAACCUGCAAGCUGUAUUUCUACCAGAUGCUUUUAGCCGUGCAGUACCUUCACGAAAAUGGGAUUAUACAUCGGGACUUAAAGCCAGAGAAUGUUCUUUUGUCAUCUCAAGAAGAGGACUGCCUUAUCAAGAUCACUGAUUUUGGACAGUCCAAGAUUCUGGGGGAGACCUCUCUGAUGAGAACUUUAUGUGGUACGCCUACCUACCUGGCUCCUGAGGUCCUUGUCUCCAAUGGGACUGCUGGGUACAGCCGUGCUGUGGACUGCUGGAGCUUAGGAGUUAUUCUUUUCAUCUGCCUUAGUGGGUAUCCACCUUUCUCUGAGCAUAAGACUCAAGUGUCACUGAAGGAUCAGAUCACCAGUGGAAAAUACAACUUUAUUCCUGAAGUCUGGACAGAUGUUUCAGAGAAGGCUCUGGACCUUGUCAAGAAACUGUUGGUUGUGGAUCCAAAGACUAGGUUUACCACUGAGGAAGCCUUGAGUCAUCCCUGGCUACAGGAUGAAUACAUGAAGAAAAAAUUUCAGGAUCUACUCCUGGCUCAGGAAAAGAAUUUGAUGGCCCUGCCCCUGACUCCCGCCCAGCCUUCUAGUCGAAAGCGGCCCCUGGAACGGGAAGUGGACGAUGCUGAGAGCACAAAGCGCCUGGCUGUGUGUGAUGCACUAGUUAGAACGUAAAAGAAAUGCGCUUUCAGUUGGGCAGCGGUGGUGGCGCACGCCUUUAAUCCCAGCACUCGGGAGGCAGAGGCGGGUGGAGCUCUGUGAGUUUGAGGCCAGCCUGGUCUACA